AUGAGUUCGACAUCUAAAAUAUCUCGUGAAGCAUUACACAAAUCUGUUGACGAACUAUUAUCCUAUUCUCAUAAUAAACGUAAACGCAAUUUUAUUGAAACAAUUGAAUUACAAAUAAUUUUAAAAAACUAUAACACUUUACGUGAAAAACGUUUUUGCGGUUCAAUUCGACUUCCAUAUACAAUUCGUCCUCGUCAUAAAAUUUGUCUCUAUGGUGAUGAAGAACAUUGUAAUGAAGCACGUACUAAUAAUAUACCCUGUAUGACUACGGAAGAUUUAAAACGUUUAAAUAAAGAUAAAAAAAAGAAACGUAACCUUGAGCAUCGUUAUCAUACAUUUUUAGCAUCCGAAACAAUAAUUCGUUUAAUACCACGUUUACUUGGACCAGGACUUGGUAAAGCAGGAAAAUUUCCAACUUUAAUUACACAUAAUGAAACAUUAGCUGGUAAAGUUCAACAAAUUAAAUCAACAUUACGUGUACAAUUAAAAAAACAUGCAAAUAUUAAUGUUGCUAUUGGACAUGUCAAUAUGACUAUUGAACAAGUAAUGAUUAAUACUAAUAUGUCAAUUAAUUUUAUUAUUCAAUUAUUACGAAAAAAAUGGGCAAAUAUUGAAAAAAUUUUUAUUAAAAGUACAAUGGGAAAAUGUCAUCGUCUUUAUUAA